AUCUCAUUUGAAGUCGGUAGCCCUCCUUGGCACUUGCAACCAGCAACCACCUCUGCUCCUUCAGGGUUUAGGGUUUAUCAAAUCCAGUCGGAAGCACAACUCUAGCAGUUCAAUACAAUCACUUCAGGAAUCAAACAAUCAUAUUCAAAGGAAUAACAAUGGCAACAUCAAUCGCUUCACAACUACAGGCAAUCAGGUCAAUUGUAAAAGCCGAUACAGACCCUCUCAAAAGACCGUUUACUCGCCCCUCGAUAUUGUUCGACGCCAAAGAAGCAGCUGAUAUCGACCUUGACACUAUCUUUAGCCUUGCCCUCUCAGGGUUGGAGGUUCUUGUGAGCCUAGAUGAAAGAUUUGGGAACUACAAGAAUGAUUUGUUCACUCACAAGAGUAGGGAACUGGAUAGGGAACUGUUGGGCAUUGAAGACAAUAACCAUAUCAAUGCUUCAAUUAGUUCUUAUCUGCGGUUGCUGUCGGGACAUUUUAUGCUACCUUCAGCACUUAGGACACUCGAAUAUCUAAUACGUAGAUAUAAGAUCCACAUGUACAACACAGAGGAGCUGAUUUUAUGUGCUUUACCUUACCAUGAUACACAUGUUUUUGUUCGGAUGGUGCAACUUCUUGACACAGGCCAUGGUAAAUGGAAGUUUCUUGAGGGCGUCAAAAUUUCUGGUGCUCCGCCGCCUAGGAAGGUUAUUGUGCAGCAAUCAGUGCACGAUAUGGGGGUCUUGGAGGCCUUAUGCAACUACGCCUCACCUACAAAGAAGCUUCAACCAACAAGACCUGUGAUAAGCUUCUGUACUGCUGUUGUUAUAGAGGUUUUGGGCUCCCUUGCUGUUAUUGACACGGAUGUUGUAAAGAGAAUUCUUCCAUAUGUGGUUUCAGGGCUUCAGACUCGUUCAAAAGGAAACAUAGAUCACAAGGCUGGGUCUUUGAUGAUUGUUGGAUUACUAGCUAAUAGAUCAGCAUUAUCUCCUGAUCUUGUCAAAAGCUUGAUCCGCUCCAUUGCCGAUGUAGCUCGUGAAGAUGCAGAACAAUCUACUGACUUGCAGAUGUUUCGUGUGUCAAUAAUGGCCUUGGUCAAUGUCGUACAGUUGCAAUCUGUGGCAGUGCUCCCAAAAAAGGUUGUGGAUAUCUUGAAGGACAUUAGUGAUCUUUCUGGGAUUCUUUCUGGAUUGACCAAGGAGUUCAACAUUGACAAGUUUCUGGCGGUCUUUCUGGAAUCCUUAAUGGAGCAUAGUGCUGAUGAUGAUCAGUGCCAUCAAGUGCUGCUUUCCAUGAUAAAGACCAUUCCUAUUAAUGCUCUAGUAGGCCGUCUAGUUUCAAGACUUCUUUCUACCUGCAUGAAGUCAUCCAAGAAAGGGAGCAAAACAUCAUCAUCAGCACCAGUAUCAGGAAGCAAGGUGAAAGAAAUAUUGGUUUCCAUCAAUGAACAUUAUAUGUUGGAAUUACGUGAAGCUGUUCAAAGUUUCUUAGAGGAUCUUGAAGGGCAACCCAAGAAAGAUAGUUCAGCAUAUGAGGUCCUCUGUAAGACAUUAGAUGGAGGCUUGGACUCGUCAUUUGCAUUAUCUGAUUCAAAGAUUUGGUUUGGACUGGAACAUCCACAGGCUAGGGUUCGGAGGGCUACUGUUGUGAGUUUGGGUGCGGAUCCUGUUCUUAGAGACAAGGCUGUCAAUUCACAGAAGAUCCAAACUGUACAUGAUGCGCUGUUGCGCCGGCUUUAUGAUGAUGAUCUAAGUGUGGUCCAGGCAGUGCUAAGUAUGGGGAGAUUGUCUGAAUUUUUACAAUCUAAAGAUCUUUUUGAUGGCCUUCAGAUUGUGUUCAAAAGAUGCAUCAGUAUAUUAAUUUCAAAGGCAUCAGAUAAUACAACUCUAGCUACUGAUGUUACCGUAUCAUGUCUGGAGCAUGUAACUUCAAGCUUCCUAGGCGAAGAAGGAUAUGCAAAUGACCUCGCUGCGAUGAUAUUUCCUUUAGUUUUAUUCAUGCCGAAGACUCAGAGUGUAAAUUUGAAGGCUUUAGAUGCAGCCAAGGAGUUAAACUGGCCUCUCUACCAGAGACUUGUUACCAUCUCUACCCCUGGGAAGAAACUGGCACUUAAGAGCACAUCUGCUGUUAAUAUGGAUAACAUCAAUGUCAUGGCAGAAAGCUUCUUGGCCAACUCUGAUGAAUAUAUGCAGUGGUUUGUUGGAUGCUGUCAAGAUUUGGAGUUGUCCAAGACAUUAUUUUUCUUGAUUUUGUUGCAUUCACUAACGCAGCCACAGAAGGAUUUUGGUCAGUUCUCUGCGUUGUAUGAAUCCUGUUUUCCAGUCAUCAUAGAAGCGUGGGAAAAGUUGCAGACAACUGGGUUUGGAGUUGCUACAGAAGAGUCAAAUAGAAGAAUGCUGGAUAGAGAUUGUAAAGCAUUUCUUGAUCAAAUGUAUGAUGUGAAACUUGAGGAGCUGAAUGCUGAGAUAUUAAUAUGCAUAUUCUGGAGGUUACUGGAGGCCUUUAUUGCAACAGCUUUUGAGGAUGUCUCUAAGGAUGAAAACAACAAGCGGGAGGCUAUUCUUCAGAAUCUUUUUAUCUUUUUUUCUUCUCAUUCAAAGGCUGUUUUCAAGAAGCAUCUUCAUCAUCUUGUUGCAAACCACAAGGUUUCACCAGCUCGGUUUUUGUCCUCAUUUUUCACGGAUGAAGGUGUUGCUGUUAGUGUCCAAACAGAGAGUCUACGGUCUUUUGCAUUUCUUUGUUUUCAGUUAGAGGAGGGAAUCCGUUUCAAAAAUGAAAUAGAUGAAGGUUUACUUCUUCAGCUGCCUGCUGAGUUUCCUUCAGUUCUUGUUCCAAUGUCUAGUGAUGACCAGGGUAUACGUGCAGCUGCAAUGAGCUGCAUUGAAGGGCUAUUUUCUUUAUGGCCGCAUGUUAGUUUAUCUGGAGGGAAAAAUGGGAGAAGUGCAGCCUGGAGUCAUUUCCUUGGAGAUCUUUUGGCAUUGAUAGUUCAGCAGAAGAAGCUUAUUUUGUCAGACACAGAUUUUCUCUCUGACUUCUUUACAACAUUGCUAAGCUCUUCCCAUCAUAGCUUGUUGGUGCCACAGAGUGUCGGAGAGAGAUUUGAUCGGCCCACAAAAGAUGGGGUACUGAAAUUUGUCUUAGGCUCUGCACUAACAUUGUCUCCAUACGGGAUGCUGAAAGUACUAUCUUUACUGAAAGGUUUGGGAAGCCAAGUUAUGGUAGUUAAAGAAGUUAACUCUGUGCUAACUGAACUGUUAGAAAGGCGCAGUUAUAUUCAUUCUGGGUAUGACACAUCCCGUCAAGCAUUGUCAAAGAUAGAAGUUAAAAUUCUCUGUCUUCUGCUGGAGUGCUGUACAAAGUCUACCUCUGCAGCUGGUGGGCAUGCUGUUGAAUUAUACAUUUUGAAGGCACUUCAGGUUGAUCGUUCAUACUCUGAAGACCCUUCUGUUAUACAGCCUUGUGUAACUGUUUUAAGAUGCCUUAAUGGUUCCUUGUAUGGAGGUUUCAAGCGUGAAAUACAGGAACUUCUCUUUCAAGAACUUGUGUAUCUGUUUCGGAGUUAUAAUGGUGACAUUCAGAACGCUGCUAGAGUGGCCUUGUUGCAGAUAAACGUUUCUACCUCGACGAUACAGCGGAUGCUUGAUUUUGUUUUGGAAAAAGCAGCUCCGUCACAUGGUUCACCACAUGGGAAGAAGAAAAAGAAAGCAAUGACCCAUCUGAAAUCUGAAUCAAAUAAUGAUGCGGGUCAGAGGCGCUGCAGCAAGCUCUCAUUUCUGAGUUCUCUGCUAGAUAUUUUGCUACUAAAGAAAGACGUAGUGAACAGGAUUGCUCUUGUAGAGCCACUGUUUAAGCAUCUUAGCAUAGUUUUUAUGGACAAAGAGUGGAUAUGUGAAGCUGUUAAGCAGGAUGAGGAACAUGCAGAAGCUUCUUCAGACAUUUCACAAAGUACAGCCAGCGCAAUAUGCUACGUUCAACAGAACCUACUCUCAGUCCUUGAAGAUAUCUCAAAUUCUCUUGUUGCCAUCGAUAGCAUACAGGAUGGAAUUGUUCAGAGUUUUGACAUUAAGCUAUUAGUUAGUUGUGCUCGGUCUACAGAAGAUUCAGCCACACGUAAUCAUGUCUUUUCAUUGUUAUCAGCUGUGGCAAAGGUUAUACCAGACAGAAUUUUAGAUUACAUACUUGAUAUUCUGACGGUCAUUGGUGAAUCAGCUGUAACGCAGUGGGAUGGUCACUCAAAGAAAGUAUUUGAAGACCUAAUAUCUACUAUUGUGCCAUGUUGGCUAUCGAAGACUGAAAACCCAGACAAACUGUUGCAGAUUUUUCUGAAUGUAUUGCCUAAUGUUGCUGAACAUAGGAGACUUUCAAUCGUUGUGCACCUCUUGAGGGUUCUAGGGGAGAGUGGCAGUUUAGCUUCACUCCUUGUCCUUCUUUUCCGCUCAUUGGCUUCAAAACAGAACUUGUUCGGCCGAGAUAUUAAUAACACUUUGGGGCAUUUAUCUACUACUGUGUGUAUGCAGUGGGAGUACGCCUUUGCCUUGCAAAUUUCUGAACAAUAUUCAUGCAUGGUAUGGCUUCCUUCUCUUGUGACGCUGCUUCAGAAGAUUGAGAUGGGUGCAUGGGACCAGAAACUCUUCGUACAACUUUUAGUUGCAAUGCAGUUUAUUAGUGACAAAUUACAAGACCCUGAAAUAGCAUUCAAGCUUAAAUCUGGUGAAGAUGUCAAUAGCAUUCAGGCAACUAGUGGGGCACUCAUGGAGAAUGUGGUCACACACUUGCAACUGAUUGGAUCGAGAACAAAGCAGCAUGGUGUCCCAACUUCAGUAGGAAAAGAACUAAAGGAGCUUAUGCAUGUUGUCUUGACAUCUGUCAGAAAGGGGCUCCUGCCCUCAACUUACUUUAAAGUCAUGAUCAUACUGUUGGGCCACACAGAUCGAAAUGUGAGAAAGAAGGCUCUGGGGCUUCUAUGUGAGAUGGCUAAAGAGUGCAGCACAUUGACUCAGAAGCAUCAUAGGAAGGUAUUGAACCCAAGUGUAAGAAGCUCAUGGCUUUGUUUUGAUGAACUUACAUUGCAAUGCUUCGAGAAAAUGUGCCAUGAGAUCUUGAAGAUAGUUGAUGACCGUGCUAAUAGUUUGAAUUAUGGUUCCUUGAGACUCGCUGCAGUUUCUACCCUUGAAGUUUUAGUGACUGUAUUUUCUUCUAGUGAUUCCAUUUUCAACGUAUGUCUAGCAACUGUUAUUAAGCAUAUACAUUCCGACGACUUGGCUUUCUCCUCUGGCUGUUUCCGGACUGUUGGUGCACUGAUUAACGUGCUUGGUCCUAGAGCUCUCUCUGAGCUUCCCAGCAUCAUGGACCAUGUCUUUCGAAGGUGUCAUUCUGUCUCUUCAUGUAAAAAGCCAGAAAUCAAAGACACUGAUGAUAUCAGUUCGAGCAUCUCAUCAAAUUCGGAAGAACCUCUCUUCAUGUCUAUUCUUGUUACAAUAGAGGCAGUCAUCGAUAAGCUUGGUGGUUUCUUAAACCCGUAUCUUGGUCAAAUUCUCGAACUUCUAAUUUUGCGUCCUCAGUAUGCAAACAACUCCAGUUCGAAAUUGACAUUGAAAGCUGAUGCGGUGCAAAAACUUAUAACAGGAAAAAUUCCUGUUCGACUGUCGCUUCCACCUCUCUUGAAGAUAUACUCUGAAGCAAUCAAAUGUGGGAAUUCAGCGUUAUCAAUUACUUUUCAGAUGUUAGGGAAUUUCAUUAGUACGAUGGAUCGAUUAUCUAUAUCUGCCUAUUACUUAAAUAUUUUUGACCUGUGCUUGCUUGCUCUCGAUCUUCGUCGGCAACACCCUGCUUCAGUCGAGAAUAUUGCGGCUGUUGAGAAGGAUGUCAUCAAUGCAAUGGUGGCUCUUACAAUGAAACUUACGGAGAACAUGUUUAAGCCUCUUUUUAUUAGGUGUGUUGAGUGGUCGGAAUAUGCGGAACAAACUGAAGAUUCAGGGCAUGCAAAUAUCGACAGGGCAAUAUCUUUCUUCGGUUUGAUACAGAAGCUUGUUGACAGCCAUCGAUCUUUGUUUGUUCCAUACUUCAAGUACUUUCUUAAUGGGUUGGUGCGGCAUCUGAGUGAUGAUGUUGCACGACCUGGUCCAACUCGAAAGAAGAAGGCAAAGCUUGUGGACCCGAAUAUAAACAAAGGUCAGGAGAAUUCUAGUUUGUCUGUUGGAAAGUGGCAUUUAAGAGCGCUGGUGUUGUCGUCUCUACAUAGAUGUUUCCUUUAUGACACUGGAAACCUCGAGUUUCUUGACUCCUCAAAUUUCCAAGAGUUGUUGAAACCUAUCAUCUCACAACUUGUUGUUGAUCCACCAAGCUCUCUCGAACAGCAUCCAGACGUACCCUCAGUGAACGAGGUUGAUGAUGUGUUGGUUUCUUGUGUUGGGCAAAUGGCUGUUACAUCUGCCAGUGACCUUCUGUGGAAACCACUCAAUCAUGAGGUAUUGAUGCAAACACGAAGUGAGAAGGUACGCAGUCGAAUACUAGGAUUAAAGAUAGUGAAGUACAUGGUAGAGAAUCUAAGGGAGGAGUAUCUAGUAUUGUUGCCGGAAACCAUACCGUUCCUUGGCGAAUUGCUAGAAGACGUAGAACCAUCUGUCAAAUCGCUUGCUCAAGAAAUUCUAAAGGAAAUGGAAACGAUGAGUGGAGAAAGCCUUCGCCAGUAUUUGUAACAUUCUAAAUUCAUUUAGCAGAUAUCUGCAAGUUCUAAUAGGUUCAAAUUUUGCAGCAGUUUGUAAUGUUUUGGCAAAUACAAAAUGAGGGGCUUUUGUUUCAGAUUUUGGAUUCUGAUUCCAAAACUCUUGUAUUCAUGGGAAUCACAAGCCCAUGUUUAUUAUAUUAUGAUAAAAAAUGAGUAAAUUUAGUUAUAUUUAGAUAUGGA